UCCCAGCGCUCCCAACCUCCCGCGCCCGCUGCUAGGCAGCGGCGGGGAUGGCGAGCCGCGGAGCCGGGGCGGUGACGACAGCAGCGAUUCCGCCAUUGGACGACGAGGCCUGAGGGACGGGCCAGCCUGGUGAACAAGGAGAUAGCGAGGCGGGUGGCCCCGAGAGAGCGAGGGCAAUGGAGGCCAACAUGCCCAAGCGGAAGGAGCCUGGCAAGUCCCUGCGCAUCAAAGUCAUCUCCAUGGGCAACGCUGAAGUGGGAAAAAGCUGUAUUAUAAAACGAUACUGUGAGAAAAGAUUUGUGUCUAAAUAUCUUGCAACAAUUGGAAUUGACUAUGGAGUCACAAAGGUACAAGUCAGAGACAGAGAAAUCAAAGUUAACAUCUUUGAUAUGGCUGGCCAUCCCUUCUUCUAUGAGGUUCGUAAUGAGUUUUACAAGGAUACACAGGGUGUAAUACUGGUCUAUGAUGUUGGGCAGAAAGAUUCCUUUGAUGCCCUUGAUGCGUGGCUGGCAGAGAUGAAACAAGAUCUUGGACCUCAUGGAAACAUGGAAAAUAUUGUAUUUGCAGUGUGUGCCAACAAGAUUGACUGUACCAAGCACCGCUGUGUAGAUGAAAGUGAAGGGCGUCUGUGGGCCGAAAGCAAAGGGUUCCUGUACUUUGAAACUUCAGCACAAACUGGAGAAGGAAUCAAUGAGAUGUUCCAGACCUUUUAUGUAUCCAUAGUUGAUUUAUGUGAAAAUGGCGGGAAACGUCCUAUGACGAAUAGCAGUGCUAGUUUCACCAAAGAACAAGCAGACACCAUUCGCAGAAUUCGAAACAGUAAAGACAGUUGGGACAUGUUGGGAGUCAAACCUGGGGCCUCAAGGGAAGAAGUCAACAAAGCCUAUCGGAAACUCGCCGUGCUGCUUCACCCCGACAAGUGCGUGGCACCUGGUAGUGAAGAUGCCUUCAAAGCGGUUGUGAAUGCCCGGACAGCCCUCCUGAAAAACAUCAAGUAGGAAGUAAGAGAAAAAGACAAGUGCGGGCCUCAAGUACAAACUGACUGUCCCUAGAAGUGAAAUAACCAACAUGGAUUUUUUUUUCCUCCACAAAAAUCUUACUGCUUUUUUCUCUCAUGUUGUCAUUUGUAAAUUAGAAAUUCAGGUGCCUGUGACCAUUUUACAGAGCGGUGGAGAGAACCAAGCGCCACUUGUACGUAUAGUUCGUUUCCUGUCUUCAAAUAAUCUGAAUUUUCUUCUUCCUUCAUUUGUGAGCUCGAUAAUGGUAGCAUCCCUCACGCACUUCACUCAGGGCAGUCCAGGAGGUUUCUGGAGAGAGGAAGGGGCACAGGACGACCCUUUCGCUUUUUCUGUUCCUUUUUUUAAAGUUCAUCAGGGAAGGAGACAGCAGAAACAGAAGGAAACAAUAACAAAACCCCUGAAAGUUUGGUGGGGCCUCACAAGCAAGUUGCUCCUUCUACGACUUCCUCAGGUAGUAUUUGAACCAUCGAUUAAUCUCUAAUUAAUGAACUCCUGAGAGCCCUUUGGAAGUUGGUGAAUCGAGGUGACACAGUUCCAAAUUGAGCAGCCCUUUGAGGACAUGCACUCCGUCCCCUUCUCCGGCCACCAGGGGGAGAGACAAGCUAGUCCUAGGAGAGAAAAGGCGGUGGCAGCCCCGAGUUCUGGCAACACUGGCUGCUGCUCGUCUCGCCCCUGGAUCUGAGGCCUUUCUUUGGCAACGGAACCGGGGCUGGUAGCAGUAGGGAGCAUGGUGCACCUGGGAAGCAGGAGUCAGACCCCACACAGACAUGCUUGCAGGUCACAGCAGAGCUUGUGUACACGUCCCUGAGGGCAAGGCCAGGGGCACAGCCAGCCUGGCUUGGACUUGUCUGAUGUCCCUAGGAGAGCCUGUGGAUGAGGCUUCUGCCUUUUCUUGUUUCUGCGUCGUUUGCCACGGAUAGGUGGGAAAGGCAGGGGCACGCCUCUACAAGCCCGGCCUCUUCUUCACUUAUCUGCGUGAGUCCCUUCUUUUCCUCCUCUCUCCUUCUCUCUCUUUUUUUUUUUUCUUUUUAAUAUACCACAUCUGUCAUGUUUCUCUUCUUGAAUCCUUGGCUUUUGACCACUGCCUCUUCCACCCUCCCUUAUGAGUCUUGACCUUACAAUCCUCCCAUACAAGCCUUGGUUGACCAGAGACAAGUAUGGAUCCUUUGGGUGUCGGUGGAAGGAGAGAUCUUAAGGCCUGUGUGUGAAGAAGCUCUUAUUUUUGCUUGGGCUGCAUAUUUCUAAGUAGUAAUAUUUUUAAACUAUAGAUUAUGAAAGCUAAUUUCACAUAGAGAAAUGCAUUCUCUUGCCAUAGUCUCCUCCUCAAUAUCCAAGGAGUGGAUGAAGAUCCAGUAUAUUAGGACUGGCCGUUCUUCCGGAGCUUUCAGAACUGGUCUCGCUGUUUGACCCAUUACAUCGUCAAUACUCAUACUUUUAGCUGUGACCAUCCUGCACUAAUUGGGCUUUAAGGUGUAUAAAAUGUGAAUUUUAAACAGCUAUCCCAUAUUGAUCACCACAUAGCAUUCACCUUCUACCAAAAAAGAGAAGCCACUUUGGUUUAAUUCCAGCCCUCUGCAGUCGUCUGGAUUCCUCUGCUUCUGCUGGGUCCUUCUGGAUCCUUCUGCUUCUCCAAAGCAGCUUCCCUUUGUAUGGCUGCACUUGGGCUGCACUGAGCUUGUCAUCAGGAAACCAGAGCAUUGUUUUCUAGUAUGACUUUUCAUCUUGGUGAUACUGAAAAUGCUUCUUUUUUUACGAAUUGAGUCUAAUACAUGAUUUCCUGGGGAUUUUU